GAUAAAUACGCUAAAGUGUGUUUCACGGGUUUMUGAAAACCACUCUAUCAAAGUUUGAGUGGAUUUAGAGUUCUAUGAAYCUUUCUUUCACGCCCAUGCACUUUGUAACGUCACGUCACGCCUCGAUAUAUCGAUCAACCAUGUUUACUAAAUAUACGGGUGGCCGUAUUCAUGAAUGAACUGGGCUGACUGAGCUACCUAAAGCCACAGAUAAACACAACUUACAUUUAUAGAUAAGAAACAUCUUUAUUUCAAUAAAUCAAGUAACRARAAAGCAACAAAAGGUGUACCGCAAGGCWCAACGUUUGGUCCUAUAAAAUUUGGCGAUUUUUUCACGCAUUUCAGAGAAUGAUUGACUGAAAUGAUCAACAUGAAAGCAACAGCCAGCAUUCUCUUGUUUGUGUGUUUUAUUGUGCAUCUAUCUAAAGGAAACAACGAAGACAAACUGGAACGUUUAAUCAAAGAAAUAAAAGGAGAAAGCGACAAGGUGGCCAGUGAAAUCUACACAUGGAUAGACCAACAUAAAAAGGGUUUCGAAACGUUCAAAAAACCUCACGGCAAAACACGUGAUAACUCGAGAACGAAUCUAAAAGAGAAAAAGCACGACAUAAAACAUCUCGCGAAAAUGUUAAAAGGUGAAAGUGAUCACUUGGCUAAUGAACUUUUUAGAUGGAUAGAUAAACAUACGAUGGCACGUGAUCAACCACGUGGUCACUCACGUGGACACGUACGAAAUCAGCAAAAACUAAAGAGUAGUCAAAAGUCAUCACAAUUUUUAGACAUCAUUAAUCGAGCUGUGUCACGUGGCAAGUCACGUGGGUUUUUGAGCGGGAAGCCGUCACGUCAACAUACGAGGCAAAGGAGAGCCGUGACCGAUAGCGGAGAUGGCUUGGAGGGAGAAUCUAUCCAGGACGUUAUGAUGGAUCUCAUGAACGCACCRCACAAAGAAACCGCGAAACUGCGAAAACACGAAACAAAGAAAAUUCCGAAAGCGAAAAUGAAAAUAUCAAAGUCUUCAGUUGGAAAGUUAAAAAAAUCCGUCAAGAAAAAGCCAAAAUCAAAGAAAUCGAAAAAACCGGCCAAACAAAUCAAAAAAAGSAAAUCUUCGAAAAGAUCAAAAAUUCCAAAACCAAAGGCUAAUUUCGCUGUGCAUCCCACAAAAUCAAACAAAGUCAAAGCCACUGGCUUGCCUGAUCUUCUGAAGUUGAUAUCCGCUGACCCUGCCAAAAAAAUCCUCGUUUCCAACGUGGAGGACAACAUCAAAUUCGACAAGAAAAGUUUAAAAAUUAUCAACGAUAUACCAAAACCGGUAUUAAAAAAUCUGCUUAAGAACAUUAAUCUUGAGAAAUAUUUUCGUAUGUCAAAUUAUUUACCAAAUGUUUUGAAAGAUACAGAGAUGAAGACGAAGAAGAGAGGUAAGAAAGUAGCGAAGAGCAAGAUAAAAAACAUCACCAGUACACCAAUGAAAGACUCUCAAAAAAGUGAUAAAAGUAAAGAAAAUAAACUUAUAAAGAAGUCUAUACAAAGAGGAAAAAUAAUUGCUACGGUUAAAACAAAGAAGACAACAAAGAAACCAGUUAAACUAAAGAAAAAAGCGAGUUCUUUAAAGAAAGGCAAUUCUGAAACUUCAGCGUCAAGAAGCAAAGUCAAAAAGAAGUCUUUCCAUGCAGAUAAGGAAUUCAAAGGUAAAACCCGCUCCAAUGUUGAGCAUGCGCGAAAGAAAAUCUCAGCUCUAAAAGAAAAAAUCAAGAAAACRAAUUCCUUGAAGUUCAAAGUUGCCAARGCKCUCCUUGAACACUGCGAAACUCAAAACAAACUGAAAAAAAUMUUCGACAAUGUGAAUGCCUCUCUCAAAGAGGCUACACGGCUUGCAAAGGCUAUCGGGAAGAAGUAUGGCGUUAAGAAAGCAGUUGAUCGAAUUUCUACGGAGCACACUGAAGAGGCGGUUGCAGAGUUCCUUGAUAAGUUUUUUUAAUUGUGUAAAAUUCUGUACAGAUAUCAAGUGUAAAUGUAUGUAUAUAUAUGACUUUAGAUAUUGUUUUUAUGAGCUUAAAAACGCAUUUAUAACUGAUCCGCUUUGUCUCUCGUGAAGCAUAUUAGCGCAAGGCAUYACGGUACAUCUGUCUAUAAUUGUUAUUUUUGUGCACCCCAAACUGUCAUUGCAUACAACAACGACGAAUUGACAUAACAUUUUUUGCCACUGAAUCAUUUCUUCAGACAAACCAUUAGAAUAUGUUGACAAAACCACAACUUUUUGUUUCCAACUAUUUUCUGAUGAAGGAAAUGUUUUGAAMAAUCGAGAGUCUACAACCGUGGAAAUUUUAACCCGCAAAGUGUCAUAUAUAAGUAAAUCAUAUAAGUAGUUGACAAAGUAGAUAAAUAUGAUGGAUUUUGUUUGCCACCUUUACAAAGCUGUUUAAAAUGCAUAGUUAUUCCRUGUUUGGGAAUGCAGGCAUCACGCACAACAGCAAUGUAAGUAUGGGAGGGGARGGUAAGUCGCGCAUCGAUGCAUCAAAAACUUGAUGGUGGAUGUAUUAAAGAAUUUGUCCUAUGAUUAUAACACUGAAGUGAGAAUCAUUUGACAUAUGUAUACAGUUUAAUAUAUAAAAUAAAAUUGUACUAAAG